UGUGCUCUACACAGCUCUCGGUUUCCAAAUCCUUCAGUGAGAGUUUGUGAAAGUCCUAGGGGAAUCUAUUUACGAAUACUAUGCAGUGGUGGAUAAAGUGUAUCUUUAUCCUGGGGAUAUUCCCUUUGACCUCUGGAUAUUUCCAGGCUCAAUACAAUGGGGACCAAUUGUUCCGAUUCACCCCUACAGAUUCCAAGCAGAUGGAGUUUCUAAUGGAACUGGCAGAGGAAGAGUUGAUCGAGUUAUGGAGAUCGCAGAUCCUGGAGGGAAUUCAACCUCAGGGUGAGAUUCAUGCUCGGGUUCCAGCCUCAGCACUCGGCACAGUCAGAGGUGAACUGAAGAAAAGGGCCAUCCAAUACAACGUUCUGACACAGAAUAUUCAAGAUCUCCUGGACAGGCAGAUACAGAGAGAGGAUAAGCAGCCUUUCGACACUGGAGCACAUAGCUACACCAAGUAUCACCCAAUGGAAGAGAUCUACCAGUGGAUGGAAGAAAUGAAGGAAAACUAUAAGGAGCUGGUGACACAGCAUCUACUGGGGAUAACCUACCAGAAACGGCCAAUGUAUUAUCUGAAGAUCAGUCGAAGAUCUGAUAAACCCAAGAAGAUUAUCUGGAUGGAUUGCGGAAUUCACGCCAGGGAGUGGAUUGCUCCUGCUUUCUGCCAGUGGUUUGUGAAGGAGAUAUUACAGACCUACACUGCAGAUCCUCAAACAGACCGAUUCCUCCAGCACAUUGACUUUUACAUUCUGCCAGUUCUGAAUAUUGAUGGUUAUGUUAAUUCCUGGACUACAGACCGCUUAUGGAGAAAAUCAAUGUCACCGUGUCAAAGCAGCACUUGUUUGGGCACUGAUCUCAACAGGAAUUUUAAUAUAGAAUGGUGCAGUAUUGGAGCUUCAAGAAACUGCUGUUCAACCACUUACUGUGGUUCAGCACCUGAGUCUGAACCAGAGACUGCUGCAGUUGCUGCUUUUCUCCAUAAGCAUCUAAGUGAUGUACUGUGCUACCUGACCUUUCACUCCUACGGUCAAAUGAUCCUUAUCCCUUAUGGAUACAAAAACAUAACGGCCAACAACCAUGAGGAAAUGAUGAAUGUUGGGCGAAAGGCCGCUGAUGCUUUGUACCAGAAGCAUGGGACCGAAUAUAAAGUGGGACCCUUAUCAGAGGUUCUCUACUAUGCUGCUGGCACGUCUUGUGACUGGGUAGCUGACCUUGGGAUCGACUUUUCAUACAUACUUGAGCUCCGAGACAAUGGGACCUAUAACUUUGUCCUCCCAGAGGAUCAGAUCCAGCCAACCUGUGAGGAAACCAUGGCUGCUGUGAUGAUCAUCAUCGAACACGUACAUGAUAAAUAUUUCCCGAACUCCACUCCGACCAUUCUAGCCCUGUGGUCCAGUGUGUUGGUCCCCAGCUUCUUAACCAUAUACUUUAUCAAAUAAUUCCUAGAACCAGGGGUGAGACCAAAGAAGUGAAACAGUGGGUUGGGGUGAGUGGUGUUAUUGAGGGAAAUGUUGGGAUGGAGGAAUGGGGACACAAACACAUGUAGUCAUAGACUCACUGCGGCUCAGAACACUCCAUAGAACAAUCCAGUCAGCCACAGCUCCUGGCUGUAUUGCCACAAUCCAGAAGUUUAUUUUGCUCAAUUUCCUGUCCAAUUUCAUUUUGAAAUCAUUGGACGUCUUUCAAUAUCCUAUAGCAUUACCAGUCCCACUGUGAAAAAAAAGGUUCUUCCUCACCACUCCCUACCCCACAUCAGUUCCUUGGUCCUGCUAACAGAAAAUGGUAAUUACGUUUCUUUGUCCAAAUCUGCUUUGUCCAAAAGAGGACAAGCAUAGCUUCUCCAAGCUAACCUUGUAGCUCAAAUCUCUUACCCCUCAAAACAUUCUGGUCAAGCACCUCUGUAUCCUCUCAAGGGCUCUCACACCCUUGUUUAACAGUGGUGACUUAAACUGGAUGUGGUACCCUAUUUAAAUCCUAACUAGGCUUGAUAAAGAUUCAGCAUAACAUUACUGCCUUUGUACUCAAUAGUUCUACACCAUUGAUAAGGCCCAAUUUCUAAUCUACCUUACUAAUUACUUUUUCAAUAUAUCCUGUGACCUUCAAAGGUCCAUACACAUGUACCUCCAGGUCCCUCAGUCUGCAUAUGUUCACAUCUGGAUCACUUCCAGGAGCAGGAAGAGGGACAUGCCCUGACAAUGUUUGUAAGUCAGUUUUGUACUAUUGCUCCAUGUGGCUAGGCCACUCUUGAGAGGGACAUAGGAUUGAGGAUUGUCAGAAGUGUAAUGGAGAUGUGUAUUCCAGUUAUUAUAUGUCAUGGUAAAACAGGAAUAUUCAAUGAAAACAAGGGAUGACACCCACAGAAAUCGAUCGUAGGCAAAGUUGAAGGACUGCUGACCAAUACAUAAUGACUGACAUCUUUGGAACAUUUCACUUGUGUACUUUAUUGAAGGAAAUGAGAGAUUUUAUAGAACAACAUCACAACAUUCUUCCUAAAUUCCUGUCCUUUAUGUCCCAGCCCUCCCAAAGGGACUAGGUAUAUCACAUGACAAAGGUGCUCAGAUUAAGUGAAAUGAAAUGUCAUUUCCAGAGAGUAGUCGUACGGGCAAACUGACAACUCCCUGGAGUAGAACAAAGUUGUCAGGUAAUGCAAAUAAAUUCCAGCACAGAAACAGACCAUUUAGCCCAACUGGUCCAUGCCAGUCUUUCUAUUCCACCAGAGUGUGUCACCUGCCAACUUUUAUUUUUAAUCUAGCUCUCUCAAUGUGCCCCUCUGUUCCUUUCCUGCUCAGGUACUUAUCUAGCUUCCCAUUAACUGUACUUGUGCUAUUCCCUUCAAAUACUCCUCUUAUUAUUGGAUUCCAGAUUCUAAUCAUUCCCUAAUCUAAACGCUGUUUCGAUUUAUUAGUCACCAUGUUUAAGGCCCUCUGUUGACAUCUGUCCCAUUCAAAACCAUUCAUAAUCUUUCAAACCGUAGCACCCUUCCUUUCUCUCUGGUUUAGAGAAGAGAACUCCAGCCUGUUCAACAUUCCUCUGUCGGCUCCUGGCCUGAGGUCUCGAUCCCAAGGGAACAAGGUGACUGGCCUCAUAAAUGUCUGAUUGAAGUACAAUUUGGCAGGCCUUCCCUGCAAGACUCAGCGCACUCUCUUACCAACUCUCGAGGAGCUACUGAGACGCCCACAUUUUAAUAGGAUUCCACCCAAUGUACUUCCAAAUUCCUGAGUCCAACUUAACUGGUGAACGACAGUGGUCCCAGCACCACUAGGAAGACCAUUUGAGGAAGACCAUUUCCUGCUUGUUGUUAGUCUGAGUGACCAUCUUGAGCGCUAAUUCUUCUGGUUUGAAGCCUGGUUUACUCUGUUUCAAUAUUAAUACCCUGAUUUGACAUGGUCUAACAUUAAUCAAGAGUCUAAUAUGUGCUAUCCUAUCAAAGGCUGUUUGGAAAUCCAUCAUUAGUGAUCUAUGCACUUCAAUCCCCACAUGUAUGCUUCUCCUUUCAAUCGUUAAUUUACCAGAGAUUAUUUGGCAUCUUCUGUUCUUCAUAUUACCUACGUCUUUAAGAGUUGUUCCUUUCACAGCAACGCAAUAGAUUAGAAGCUACCACUCGAUGCUCAGGGAAAAUUAAAAAUAAAUUUCUCAGCCUGGUAACUGGCAAAUUGACUCAAAUAGUUUGAAAACGAAAGGAUUAAUGAACUGAAUAGGUGAUAAGAAAGGAGUCGAUAUCAUAAUCAUUGCAGCAGAGAGAAACCAAGCUCCUACAAGAGGGACUGGCAGCAUCUAAGAAGUAUGUCUGAAGUUUGAGUAGGAUAUGGAUGUUCAAAGAGACUACAGAAGUUUAAGAAAAUGUCAGAAGGACAAGUUCACAAGAUAAAUCCAGUCAGAUUUUUGUAUACUCCGUCGCCUAUAACCAAAACAGGAAGCUAUGUUAUUCACUGCUCGUUUUACCAAGUCUCAAUUUAUGUGUAAUAAAUCUGCACACUUUGACAAUAUCAUUGACUUAUU